AUGUCACCAGCUAAUAACGACAAGAAACAAUCAGGGAUCGCAAGAGUCCUUGGUUCAGCCUCUGCAGGGAUCUGUGAAAUUGGUGUUUUCCAUCCAGUUGAUACUGUUUCCAAAAGAUUAAUGAGUAAUAAUACAAAAGUUUCAAAUUUAUCUCAAUUAAAUUCAGUUGUUUUCAGAGAACAUGCUUCAAAGGCAUUUGGUUCAAGAUUAACUACUUUAUUCCCAGGUUUAGGUUAUGCUGCUGUUUAUAAAAUUUUACAAAGAGUUUAUAAAUAUGGUGGUCAACCAUUUGCAAAUGAAUUUUUAAAUAAAAAUUUCAAAUCAAGUUUUGAUGAUACUUUUGGUCCAAAAACUGGUAAAGCUUUAAUGAGUGCUACUGCUGGUUCUUUAAUUGGUAUUGGUGAAGUUGUCCUUUUACCAUUAGAUGUCUUGAAAAUUAAAAGACAAACAAAUCCAGAAUCUUUUAGAGGUCGUGGUUUUAUUAAAAUCUUACAAGAUGAAGGUUUUGGUCUUUAUAGAGGUUGGGGUUGGACUGCUGCAAGAAAUGCACCAGGUUCAUUUGCUUUGUUUGGUGGUAAUGCAUUUGCUAAAGAAUAUGUUCUUGGAUUAAAAGAUUAUUCACAAGCUACUUGGUCACAAAAUUUUAUUUCUUCAAUUUUUGGUGCUUCAGCUUCCCUUAUUGUUAGUGCUCCAUUAGAUGUUAUUAAAACAAGAAUUCAAAAUAAAAAUUUUGAAAAUCCUGAAUCUGGUUUAACAAUUUUGAAAAAUACAAUUAAGAAUGAAGGUAUUUCUGCUUUUUUCAAAGGUUUAACUCCAAAAUUAUUAACUACUGGUCCUAAAUUAGUUUUUUCAUUUGCUUUAGCUCAAUCUUUAAUCCCAGCUUUUGAUAAAUUAUUCACCAAAUAG